AAGAAUUAGAACAAUAAAGUUUAAAAUGUUCAUCUUACAUAUAAACAUUGUAUAUUUAAACUUAAAUACUAAUCAGACACGGACGGAAAUUAAAAGGAAAAUUAAAAGUAUAAAAAUAAAAAAUUUGAUUACUUUAUAUAAGGUCUCAAUUGAAGAAAAAAAAUAAGAUACAUCCUCGGGGGACUUGAACCGUAGCUGAAACCGUUCAAGUUCGCUACACUAUCAUUGAAAUACAACCUUAUUUGUAAUUAAAAGUUACAAAAUCUUAUUUACUUUUAAUAAUGAAACUUUGAUCAUAUAUAUUUAAAAAGGCAUCAAGUAUCUACCCUUAUUAUGUAAUAUUUUUUGUAAACAAGACGUUAAAAUCUACUAGCAUACAAAGUUUCAACGAAAUCGAUGAAGGUCUUGCGCUCUCCUCGUUAAUGGCGAUUGAUGGCGAUUUUGAAGGUUCACGUAAACAUGGAAAGGUUUCUCGACACGAGUAAUUCCUAAUCAAAGAGCUUCGAGCGUCUAUGUCGUAAAAUAGAAAAGACAUUGAGCUCAUGGUAACCGUAAGAAAUAUUUUAAGACUUGCGUCAAGUUAAUUUUAUCGAUAAUUAUUCCUUGGAACAGAAUCGUACAAUCGAAACUUGUGCUCGUAACCUGAACGCAUUUGCUCUUUCAAGAUGCCUUUUAAAAAGGACUUGCGGCUCGUGUUAAAGCCCUAUUACUUGAUAAACAUCCUGCUCAGCGUUUCGUACAUCGUCUCGAAACGUGUACCGCUUGUUUGUCAUUACAUUUUCGCGCAAACCGACUGCGAACUCGAUGGGAGAGAAACAGAGAUUCUAUUUUUCCUUAUCAUAGUUAUAAUGAUAAGGUCACGGAAAACUGGAAGCGUCACCAUGAUAAACUACUUGUCGUCCAGUUUUGUUUACACCAAAGUUGCCAAUUUGAUUCUUUGGUUCUAUGCAGACAUUCGUAUGGGGAUAUUGUUCGCUGUUAUAUUCAUCUUGUGCGGUUUAAUAUUCCCUGAGCCAACAUACCAAGGCCCAGAGAAUGUGAUCUACCUGCGUGGCGCGAAUGGAUUACAGGAAGAGCUACAACGAGAUGGACGAGUUGUUUGGCUGGUCGCAUUCUAUACGGCGUGGAACCCAGCUUGCGUCAAUUUCGCGCCAAUAUUUUCUGAGCUAUCCGCAGAGUAUGCUUUGGAAAAUUUUAAAUUUGGGAAGGUAGACAUUGGAAGAUAUCCAGAUGCUGGGGCAAAGUAUCACAUCAGCGAUGCCAGCACUAGCAAACAACUUCCGAGCUUGAUUCUGUUCAAGGAAGGCAAAGAGGUGGAAAGGCGUCCUCAUGCUGAUCACAAAGGCAAACUGGUUAAAUUUCUUUUUUCACUGGACAACAUAAAGGCAGCAUUCGAUCUCAACAAUAUUUACAAAGAUUGUAAAAAGAGUCUCCUGAAGAAGAAGGAGAGAAAAACAGUAAAGGCAGAUUAAUGUAAUCUGUGUUUUUUAAACAUUUGUUCAAAUGUUACCAAUUCUAUAGCACUGCCAAACGAAGGAUUCUACUACGUAGAACGGAUUAUGUAUUACGCGUAUGUACAGUCGAUGUCUCGCGCAAACUUUAAUCUAUAGCGACAUACUAAUAUUUGUAAAUAUUUCCUUGUACCUUUACCAUCACACGCGGUUUCGUGUACCACUGUGUUCUGAUUAGUAAAUAUCGUAGCGAUAGAUAUUGCUACGAAUGAUGUUGAUAUCGAAAAGUGCCACGUGUCAAGUAUCGUUUACACGUAUAAGAUGUUUUGCAUUAUCAUAUAUUUAUCCACAGCGAAAUGUAGCUUCUAGUUACGUUAUAUAUACCUCGUAUGCGACGUUGCAUUUUCAUGAAAUAAAUGAUCGUUAAAAUAUA